AGUGCGCGGAGCGGCGGGGAUUCCCCGAGGGAAGUUCCCAGGUCCGCAAAGUAGGCUAAGUCUGUGUCAAAAUUCAAAAAACAAUCUUCGACAUUUCCUCAGCGACCCCUCACUCGGCCCUGCUCGUGUGUUGCAACAACAACAUGUCGCCUGCACGCUAACCCGGGCUUCUACAGGCACCGCGACCAAGGGCCCAUGUCUGCUGUGUCGGGGAUGAUUGUGGAGCCCCCGGCAUGGAGAGGAACAUCGGAGACCAGCUCAACAAAGCUUUCGAAGCUUAUCGCCAGGUCUCCAUCGAGAAAGACAACGCCAAAAAGGAGCUGCAGCAAAUUACGGACUAUUACCAGCGACACACUGAAAAGCUGCUGAAGCAGAUUGAAGACCAGCAGCAGUUGAUCUGCCAACUGAACGCUCAGUUGUCUGUGAGGAGGAAGCCUGCAGUGGAGGAGAACAGUGAGGCUUGCAACCAUCUGUCUGAUGGUACCUGCUCACAUGUGGAAACACAACAUCUGGACGACACGGCUGCUGCCACUCCUGCAAGGCCUGUCCACGGCAGCGUUGACUAUCAGGACAUGCUGGGGGCCCUGGAGGCCAUUCAUGGAACCUUCCGGCAGAUCCGCUCCCUAUCUCGGAGGCAGAAAGAUCAACUCAAGAGAUUCUGCGGAGGACUUGAAAUGGCAAACGAUCAGCAGUUCUCCAUGCCCAUCCAGUGCACGGACCGCACGGCGGACAAAGAACCACCCGUGUCACCUCCCUCCCUGGCGUCACGCGGCGCCAGCCCCGACGACAAGGACUUUAUGGACUCUCUCACCAACCUCAGCGUCAAGUUCCCGCCCUCGGCGGACAGCGAGUAUGACUUCCUGAACAGCGCCCCACAGAGACACCUGGGUCCGAGCGAGAUGCGGCCCCUCGGCGGCGAGGGAGAGGUGGCGCCUUCGGAACUGCCCGCCGUGCCUUUUGUCUACCCGGCGUUCCCCCCCCACGUCAUGUGCCGCUCCUCCUCCCCGGAGGACGUGAGAGGACCUCAGCAGUCUCUGUGGGUCCCCCAGAUGUUGGUCCCCCAGAUGUUGGCCCCCCAGAUGUGCGCUGAGGCGGCGGGGCCCGGCAGCAGCGUCCCAGACAAGUGUGCCUUCUGCCAGGCCGUGGUUCCUCAGGAGCACAUGAACAGCCACCUCUACUCCCACUUCUCCCCCGAGGAAGAACGCCGGCAGUGAGGGCCCCCAGACUGUAAGUGUGGCCCCUAGUAUGUUGACUGUAGGGGACCCAGCAGUGACUUCAUGGACGGUACAAUGAUCUCAGACACUUUACUCCCACUUCAUGAGGAAAUAAAGUCAACAUUUACUCUUGCAAA